UUCAAAAUUUAUUUUGAUCAGAGAGAAUUUGACUAAAUUUUCGCCGAGCUGAGCCGAACAAUUGAUGGUUUACGAAAAGUAAUAAAUCACUAAAGAAUUUUGUUUUAAAUUUUAGGAAUACAAUGCACAUCAUAUCGGAUUUGGGCUUUUCAGCUGCAAUAGAAGAGAUGUAUACAGAAUCGGCUCGUUUGAGUUCGUUCAAAAACUGGCCUUUUAACGACGAUUCCAAUUGUUCAGCAGCGAAGAUGGCUGAAGCAGGAUUCUACCAUUGUCCGACAGCAGAGGAACCAGACGUUGUGCAAUGUUAUGUCUGCUUUAAAGAAUUAGAUGGCUGGGAACCAAAUGAUGAUCCCUGGGAUGAACAUUUUUCUCAUUCAAAGAAUUGCAUGUUUGCAAAAUUACACAAAGCUCAAAAAGACUUAACAAUUUCUGAAAUAUAUGCAAUUGAAGCUGAAAGAAAGGCCAAUAAAGUUAAAAAAAUCACUGCUUUAAAAUGUCAAAAAUUUAGAUGUCAAAUACAAGAUUCCGAAAAUUUCCUACUUGUACUCAAAGAAGAAAUAGGAGGGAAAAAGAAAUGAGGUUACUAACUAACUGUUGGUUUAUGUAUAGAGUUGUGUGUUUGAGUUAACUCAUUCCUACUGGAGUAGCUUCUAUUUUACUUGGCCCUGUGCCGAAACUUCCUUUUGCUUCAAGAUUAUGUACAUGCACUCAGCCAAGUGCGCCCAUAUGCCAAAUUUUAAAGGAGGGGGAGGGGGGGCUUAGAUAUUUUCUCCAUGGUUUAGCAGGAUAUUUUACCCAUAGAAACCGAUUUCAGUACAGAUUAGAGUUAAUUAAAAUUUGACAUUUUUAAUGACUUAUUCAUUAAUUGCUGGAGAGGAAAUGUUUUUAAAUUUUUGCGAAGAAAAAAGUACUAAAAGCAAGAAAGUUCAAAUUUCAAAGGGGGGCUGAAGCCCCCACUUGCCCCACCCCCAUAUGGGCACCCUUACACUCAGCAAAAUUCAUGGAAGUUUUUGGAAGUGUAAAAAGUCUGUCAAUUGCAGACCUGUGUGAUAUUUCCCGUUCAUCCACAAUUUUGUACUUUUUAUAUAUUUAUACUUGAAUUAUUCCAAAACUAGUUGUUCAACGCAUCAAGGAGAGUGGACCAUCAUAAAAUAUAAAUAAAUAAAUAUUAAUCUGAAAAUCGAAAUGUUAAGUAUAAAUGUUUGAUAAGUUCAACAAAGAAUUCUAAAUUGUUUUUUCUCUUUUUUUCUUUUCUUUAUUUUUCUUUUUAUGAGAAAGUUUUAGAUUUUCUUUUCUCAAAAUGCUAGUUAGAAUGUUUCUUCAUUCAAGCAUAAGUUUUUUUUUCCUCAAAAAAUAUGUUUUGAUUUAAAGUUUAAGUAUUUAAUAUCUCUCUCCUAAUGGUAAUAGAUUUGUAUUUGGUGUAUUUCAAAGUAAUUUGUUUGUGUCAU